GCUCCCACGAGGCAGGCACACACACGGCAUUAAAGCAUUCACAAACACAAGGCGAGAUCCCUUCCGCCGGGGAGCCCCGGCAUCCCCAGCCCUGUGGUCAGGCUGGCAGGAUGCUCGCAGGGAUGCGUGUAUCCCAAAAGGCAGGAUUCGGAGGACAAACGGCAAUAUUUGUGCAGGCAGCCUUGCGGCACACCCGCACCGGUUGGGACGUAUGACUCCUGGCAGUCUGAAAGUCCAACGCAGAGUGGCACUUUGUCCCAAUGGGCUGGGCUCACCUCCCCUGUGCCUGCCAAGAGGCCGCCAGUGCCGCGGCUGCCCCGCGGCAUCCCAGCAUCUCUUUCUCCAGCAGCCGGCGCGCUGUGGAUGCGCUGCCCCGGAGCACGGCCGGCGGCGGUGUCACGGCCCCUCGUUCGUCCGAUGCUACAGGCCUAGAUGACGCCCCGCCGCAAACAUCCCUGCAAACUCCCUCUGCUCGCGUUCGACCCAAAGACAGGCCACCAAAACAGAUGACGUGCCACGGAUAAAUUAAAGCAAAGCCAAACCGGGGAUUUUGGAAACCGCUGAAAAUAAGGGGAACUCUGGAGUGUUUAAUAAUUACUUCCUCAUAAGACAUGCCCAAGAGGAAGAGAGAUGCUCUUCAGUCAUGGAGCUGCUCUCGUAAGCAUGAGGGGGAUCACGCUUUCCUCCCUCUGCUUACUGGUGCACCUGCUUCAGGAUGAGACAGCCACGAUUUUAGUUUUGGAAAACCCAGACCUGCAAGCUUCGAUUAAGCCACAGAAGGUAGAGUUCCGUUCGUUAAACUUCAACAACACUUUGCAUUGGCAGCCUGGGAGAGCCAGAGAGGCGAGAGACACGGUUUACUUUGUGCAGUAUAAAGUGUAUGGGCAGAGCACAUGGCAAAACAAAGAUGACUGCUGGGGGAUUCGAAACCACGUCUGUGACCUAACAAAUGAGACCUCUGACAUUCAAGAGCCUUAUUAUGGCAGAGUGAAAGCCGCGUCAGCUGGUGUCUAUUCCGACUGGAGCCUCAGCUGCAGAUUCACUCCCUGGCGAGAAACUAUGAUAGGACCUCCGACGGUAACUGUGGUUCAUAACGACACAUCCAUAAUACUAAAGCUCCAGGCUCCACGUUCUCCUUAUAAAAGGAAGAGAGGCAGCAAGAUACCAAUGACAAAUUAUUAUGAUCUGCUAUAUCAAGUCUUCAUAAUUAACAACUUGCUAGACGAGCAACACAGAGUCCUGGUGUACGAAGGAAAAGACAAGGUUAUUAAAAUAGAAGAUUUGAGGCCCGGGGUCAGCUACUGCAUUGUGGCUAAAACGUACGUGCCGAUGCUGGACCGCAGCAGCGCCUACAGCAGCAGGCAGUGCACCGUGCUGCAGUGACAGGGCUGGCACCUCCCCAACAGUUACAGGAAUAGCGGUGGAAGAUGCCUCCCAUCACAGAUUCAGCUGUAAAUCGACAUAUGUGGUUUACACCUGGAAUGCAUACUUGGAUGCUUUUUAAAUGAAACUUUGCUGCAUUCAAUUAUCAGAUUCAUCAUAAUCAUUUUAGGCUACAAAGGCCAAGGAUACUUUGUAUGUCCUAUAUUACAAUUUAAAAUGGUAUAUAUUUGCAUUUAGAAAGCAAAUAGUCAUGUGCUGUAAUACAAAAGAAAGCAAAAAGCUCUUGUGAA